AUGACAAUUACUUUACGUUGGGGUAUUUUAGGUGCAGGAAACAUUUCUUCACAAUUUGUGUUUGAUUUACUUUUAAGUAAUGAGCGUAAAUCCGAAACUCAUCAUGUUGUUGGUAGUAUUGGUUGUUCCAACAAGCAAAAGGGACAAGAUUUUAUUACUGCCAAUAAGAUAACUGAAGCUAACAACUAUGGAGUUGUUCCAGUUGUUCAAUCGUACCAAGAGCUUUACGACAAUCCCGACAUUGAUAUUGUUUACAUUGGAACCCCUCAUACUUACCACCGGGAACAAGCAAUUGGUUGUCUCAAUGGAAACAAACAUGUGCUUUGCGAAAAACCAAUGACUGUCAACAAGAAGGAAGCUGAAGAAUUAUUUGCCUUGGCUAAAUCGAAAAAGAAAUUCUUUAUGGAAGCUGUAUGGACCAGAUUUUUCCCAGCCGUUAAGGAGUUGAGACAAAAAGUGUAUGAUGAAAAAGUUAUUGGAGAAGUUCAUAGAUUAUUUGCAGACUUUAGUUAUUAUGCUGAUGUGACCAAGUUACCUACCAGUUCUCGUGUUAGAGAUAGAACCUUGGCAGCAGGUGCGUUAUUAGAUAUUGGUAUUUACCCACUUACUUAUUCAAGAAUUCUUUUAGAUGAUAAAGUUGGUGACGAACAUACCAAAUUUGAAUUUAAAUCGUUCAUGACAUUAGACCCAGUUGAUAAAGUUGACCACCUUUCUUCCAUCAUUAUCAAAUACGAAAAUGGUAAACAUGCAAUUUUGUCUACCUCGGAAUUAAUUGAUGGUCCAAAGGCAUACAUUCGUCUUGAAGGUACUAAAGGUUGGGCGGAAAUGUAUAGUGAUAAUCCAGCCAGAGCCAAGCAUUUCAAAAUUUUCUUUAAAGAUGGUAGAGAACCAAUCGAGUAUAAGGAUGAAUCAGGAUACAAUGGAUUUAUCUAUGAAGCCAAUGCUAUUGCACAAGACAUUAGUGAUGGUAAAUUAGAAAAUGAUACUAUUCCACAUGCUGAAACUCUUUUAGUUAUGGGUGUUAUGGAUCAAAUUAGAAAGGAAAAUGGGUUAGUGUAUGAUCAAGAUAAUUAG